AUGGCUACUUCAAAGAAGGUAAUAACAAGGGAGGAGUGGGAGAAAAGACUUAAUGAUGUAAAGAUUAGGAAAGAAGAUAUGAAUAAAUUGGUGAUGAACUUUCUUGUCACAGAGGGUUAUGUUGACGCAGCGGAGAAGUUCAGAAUGGAAUCGGGGACAGAACACAUAGAUCUUGCAACUAUCACAGAUCGUAUGGCAGUUAAGAAGGCAGUCCAGUGUGGGAAUGUUGAGGAUGCAAUCGAAAAAGUUAAUGAUUUGAACCCCGAGAUAUUGGAUACAAAUCCCCAACUCUUUUUCCAUCUCCAACAGCAAAAGUUGAUAGAAUUGAUUAGGAAUGGUAAGGUGGAAGAGGCUUUGGAGUUCGCCCAGGAGGAGCUUGCUCCAAGGGGAGAGGAAAAUCAAAGCUUUUUAGAAGAAUUAGAAAGGACAGUUGCACUACUGGCUUUUGAAGAUGUUGCCAACUGCCCUGUUGGAGGGCUUCUGGACAUAUCACAGCGCCUAAAGACAGCCAGUGAGGUGAAUGCAGCCAUUCUUACUAGCCAAAGUCAUGAAAAAGAUCCAAAACUUCCGAGCUUAUUAAAGAUGCUUAUAUGGGCCCAAAGCCAACUUGAUGAGAAAGCUGCUUAUCCUCGCAUAAGUGAUUUAUCUACUGCCAUUCUUGAAGAUCCUGCUGUCUGA